AUGUCGCAAGUUAGAAUUCCAGCCGAAUUCAAGCGCCGCUCCACAAUUGAGGCAGUCGCUGCUUGGUGUGAUACAAAGGUUGAGUUCGUUGAGGAUGCUUCUCUCGCUCAGCCACAAUUGACAAUUGGCGGAAUCAAUGCAAUUGGUGUUCCAGCCAUUGCUUCAAUCCUUGUUCGCAAUUCAAAAGUUGCCGAGAACUUCAAUGUUGUUGCUCUUGGAGAUGGCAAUGCUAAGGAUGCUGCUCUAAUUGCUCAAUAUGUUGAUUUUGCCGAAGCUGCUGCUACAGAAACAUCAGGCCAACCAAUGCAAGGCACAGUUGGCAGCAUUUCCCUCCAUCUUAAGGGCCGCCAUUUCGUUGCUACAGAUAAACUCUCCGUUGCUGAUAUUCUUAUGUACUGCGCUGUCUACGACUACGUAAGCAAGAUGCCAAACAAGGAGCAAACCGCUCUUGGCGACAUCUGCCGCUGGUUCGACAGUGUUCAGAAGGCAUUCAAGACACCAUUACCAGUUGUUGAACUCAAGGUCCAACAGCACCACGAGAAGAAGCCACAGAACAAGGGCGAGCACCCACAGAACCAGGAAAAGAAAGAAAAGAAGGAAAAGAAGCCAAAGGAGCCAAAACCAGCCAAAGCUCCAGAAGCACCAAAGGAAACCUUCGAUUCUGCUUCAUACCUCGAUAUCCGUGUCGGUAAGAUUGUUAAGAUCGAACCACAUCCAGGCGCUGAUACACUUUACUCCGAAGAAAUCGAUAUCGGCAAUGGCGAAAUCAAGAAAGUUAUUACAGGCGUCAGAAACUACGUCCCAAUUGAACAGAUGCAGGAUCGCCACGUUGUUGUCUUCUGCAACAUCAAGCCAUCCAAGAUCCGUGGUCUUCCAUCAGAAGGCAUGGUCUUCGCUGCCUCCAACGCUGACCACACAGUUGUCCAGCUCUUAGACCCACCAGCUGAUACACCAAUCGGCACAAGAGUUCUUUUCGGCGAUUUCUGCAAGACAGAGCCAGUUGCUUGCGAUAAGAAGGGCAACCUUUGGAAGGACUGCUGCGAACACUGCACAAUCGAUGCUGAUGGUUUCGCUUGCUACAAGGGCCAGCACCUCACUGUCCCACAGGGUAAGAUCACUGUCCCAACCCUCAGAUCUUGCGAGUUCCACUAA